CAGCCUUCAUCAUUUGUUGCGAUUUCGAUCCAGGGCUGGAAAACGUUUUAUAAACUGGUGAAGUUGGUCUAAGGAGGACUCAGUUAUGAUAUAUUGAUUUCCUUGUGAAACGAAUUUCCUUGUGAACCUUCAGUUCAGAGUUCCAUUCUGGAGUAGUUAGACAGAAUUGGAGAACUCCAAAGGAUGGACGAAAUACAAUCCCAAUCAGAUCAUUAUAGGUCUCCAUCUUCUUCAGUGAGUAGUCCAGCUAAUAGGUUACCGUCAAGUAAUUUCUUCUACUCAAGGAAACCUGGCGCACUUAGACAGCCAAUUUCAUUUGAAGAUUCACCUGUUUGGGAUGAGACAGAUAUAGAGGUCAAAGUGGACGAAGGAGGUGAUUCUAUUAAUGCUGCGACUACACCACCCUCCCCUUCUCUGUCAAAGAUCAAUAGUGGUUCCUUGCCAUCUCCUUCUUUAAUAGAGAGGGAAGUUGUUACAAGGAAGAUUGCAGGAGCUUCUAUUGCAUGGAAGGACUUGACUGUAACUAUAAAGGGAAAAAGAAAAUAUUCUGAUAAGGUGGUCAAGAGUUCGCAUGGUUAUGCAUUACCUGGAACGAUGACUGUCAUCAUGGGUCCUGCCAAGUCAGGGAAAUCAACACUCUUGAGAGCCCUUGCAGGAAGGUUACCUGAUUCAACGAGAAUGUAUGGUGAGGUGUUUGUAAACGGGACAAGAAGGCACAUGCCGUAUGGUUCCUAUGGAUAUGUUGACAGAGAAACUACUCUUAUUGAAUCAUUAUCUGUGCGUGAAUUCCUAUACUACUCAGCUUUGCUCCAGCUUCCUGGUUUCUUUUGUCAGAGAAGGAGUGUGGUGGAGGAUGCUAUAGAUGCUAUGUCACUGGGAGAUUAUGCUAAUAAACUUAUAGGUGGCAACUGUUACAUGAGAGGUCUUCGAAGUGGUGAGAGGAGGCGUGUCAGCAUUGCCCGGGAACUUGUUAUGAGACCACAUAUUUUAUUUAUUGAUGAACCCCUUUAUCAUCUUGACAGCGUUUCUGCACUUCUGAUGAUGGUUACAUUGAAGAAGCUUGCCACCUCUGGCUGCACUCUGAUAUUCACCAUUUGCCAAAGCAGUACUGAAGUAUUUGGCCUUUUUGACCGAAUUUGCCUCCUCUCAAAUGGAAAGACAUUGUUUUUUGGUGAAACUUUGGCUUGCUUACAGCACUUCUCGAAUGCUGGAUUUCCUUGUCCAAUUAUGCAAAGUCCUUCUGAUCACUUUUUGCGUGCUAUAAACACAGAAUUUGACAGGAUUAUUGCGAUGUGCAAAAGCUGGCAGGAUAAUCAUGGAGACUUAUCAUCAGUGAGCAUGGAUACUGCCAUCGCUAUACGUACCAUUGAAACAACUUAUAGAUCAUCAGCAGAUGCUGCUGCUGUUGAAUCAAUGAUAGUGAAGCUUACUGAGAAGGAAGGUCCAUCACUCAAAAGAAAGGGAAUGGCAGGAAAUGCAACACGAGUUGCAGUUUUGACUUGGAGAUCUUUAUUGAUUAUGUCAAGGGAGUGGAAAUAUUAUUGGCUAAGAUUGAUUCUUUAUGUGUUUCUUGCCCUCUGUAUUGGCACUGUGUUUUCUGGAUUGGGGCAUUCCUUGUUUUCUGUCAUGAGAAGAGUAGCAGCAAUAUUUGUAUUUGUUUCAUUCACCUCUCUGCUAGGCGUCGCCGGUGUACCUUCACAGUUGAAAGAGAUCAAGAUAUAUACCUAUGAAGAAUCAAACCAGCAUUCUGGGGCAUUUGUUUUCCUACUUGGGCAGCUUUUUGCUAGCAUCCCUUUCUUGUUUCUCAUCUCCAUUUCGUCAAGUCUGGUCUUCUAUUUUCUAAUUGGACUGCGAGAUGAGUUCAGCUUGCUGAUGUACUUUGUGCUGAAUUUCUUUGCGUGUCUAUUGGUAAAUGAGGGUCUGCUGCUGCUGGUUGCUUCCAUUUGUCAAAAUAUCUUCUGGAGCAUCUUAAGUUUUGUGUCCAUACAUGUGAUAAUGAUGCUUUCUGCUGGCUUUUUUAGAAUCAGAAGUGCUUUGCCUAGACCAGCAUGGAUGUACCCCAUUUCUUAUAUAGCUUUUCAUACUUACUCUAUCCAGGGACUGUUGGAGAACGAGUACAUCGGAACUUCUUUUGCAGUGGGGCAGGUGAGAACCAUAUCUGGUUAUGAGGCUCUGGGAAAUGUAUAUGACAUAUCUGAUGACAGCAACUCUAAGUGGAAAAAUUUACUGGUGCUGUUUGUUAUGGCUGUUGCAUACAAAUUUGUCAUUUUUAUUCUGCUCAAGUGUUGUAUCAGGAAAAACCACUCUGUCCACAAACUUUUCCGCUGUAACCAAAACAGAAAGGAUUACAAAUAGAUGCUAUA